AUGGCAGUAUUCAGGACAGGACCAUUAAGGCAACAAUCGGUUAGAAGACUGGCAGCGGAAUAUAUGCAGCUGAAAAAUGAUCCAGACACAAAGUGGUUUGAAAUAGAUCCAGAGCCAGAAGACUUUAUACCAUUUUCUGACAGUAAUAUUGAAUAUGUAAGAAAGUGGGAAAUAACUAUAACUGGAUUUAAAGAUACAGUCUAUGAGGGAUACUCCCUAAAAGCAGACAUUUACUUCCCGUCUGACUAUCCUUUGUCCCCACCAAGAGUCAUGUUUACUACAAAAAUGUACCACCCUAAUAUAUAUAAUGAUGGAAGGGUAUGCAUUUCUAUUUUGCAUACUGCACAAUCAGACCCGCACUCUGAUGAGCUGGACACAGAGCAGUGGACUCCGGUUCUUUCUGUAAGAACAAUUCUUCUGUCAAUUAUGCUUCUUCUAAAUGAGCCCAAUCCAGAUUCGCCUGCCAAUUUAGAUGCUGCUUUGCAUUUUAGAAGAAAUAGAGCAGACUAUGAGGAGUACGUUAAAACAAAAAUAUUAGGUGUACACUACUGUGAAUAGGUCAUAAAGUGCAGGAGAGAUCUAUUCUUGUAGAAACCGCCGAUUAAAAUAUUUAAUAAAUAAUUAUUAGCGGAAA